AUGUCUGAAUUAUCAACAAAUAUUACGAAAAUUGAGCACCGUGCUGUAAUUAAGUUCCUUACAAAAAGUGCUAAAUCACCGCAAUGUAUUUUUGAAGAAAUGGCUAGUAUUUAUGGUGCCUCUGGACCUUCUUAUGCUACGGUCAAAAAGUGGAGUCGCUUAUUUAAACUGGGUAGGGAGUCGAUUGAAGACGAUCCCCGUUCAGGGAGGCCAAUAUCGGUGGUGACUGAAGAAAAUGUAAGAAAAAUCAGAAAAUUGGUAGUAGAAGACCGGAGAGUUAAGGUUUUGCAAAUAGCUGAUACUGUAGGCAUUAGUAAAGAACGGGUUGGAGAGAUUUUACAUGAACAUUUGAACAUGACUAAGGUCAGCGCUCGCUGGGUACCAAAAAUGCUGACGGCGUUCGAUAAAGAACGUCGUGUUGAAACUUCCAAGGCAUUUUUAGAUCUGUGCGGAGAUGGCAUAGAUGAAGUUUGCUCAAGAAUAGUAACUGUUGAUGAAACAUGGAUCAGGCAGUAUGAUCCGGAGUGUAAAUCUGAAUCCAUGCAGUGGAUUGAAAAGGGUGAAAGACCACCGAAGAAGUUUAAAGUGCAAAAAUCGGCUUCUAAGUUAAUGGCCACUGUGUUUUGGGACUGUGAUGGCAUUCUCUUAAUAGAUUAUUUGGCCAAAGGUGCUACAAUAAAUGCACUUUAUUAUGCCAAUCUAUUGAGACAGAUGCGAAAAGCGAUAGUUGAGAAAAGGAGAGGCAAAUUAAGGAAAGGCAUUUUGUUUUUGCAAGACAAUGCACCCGUUCACACCGCCCGGGUUGCGAGGCAGGCUCUGAAGGAAAUUGGCUUCGAUGAAAUCGACCACCCACCCUACAGUCCAGACCUAGCCCCUAGCGAUUAUUUUCUGUUCAGCAAUUUAAAAAGAGAUUUACGGGGAAAGCGAUUUGGCAGUGAUGAAGAGAUGAAAGAGGCCGUACAGGAGCAUUUUGAAGGCCAAUCUAAAGAAUAUUUUUUAACGGCCUAA